GCUAUUUUUCUCUUUUCAGAGACGAUCGCGGUUUGACUCAGUGGCCGUGUGUUGUAAUCGCAUUUGCAUAAAACCAUAAGCAACCCUACCAUUGGAUAUUGAGAGUCGAUUUCCGAGCAACUUAUUGGGAUAAAUCGCGUGUAACUUGAGCGCAAAACCAGCUGUCGACAUGUUUUCGUUGACGGCGGUCAAGGCUUUCGUCACCUUGGCUUUGAUGACCGCGUCAUGGGUCGAAGUCGUCACGUCGCUCGAGCACGUCGUUUCACUCACUGGUGAUGAUACAGAAAAUCCGGAUUUUGCAUCGAGAUGCGUGGAUUCUGAUCAGCAAGAAGGUCGACCCGUAGUCGAAAUUGAUUUUGACAAUGCUAGAUCAUUUCCGCAAUAUGAAGAACUGGACAUGGAAGGCUUAUUCAAGCCCUUGGGAGAUUUUCAAAUCAUUCGGGAACCAUCUCAAGUGAAGCUGAUCAUGCCUUUUGACAAGGACCAAUCUGAUCAAACCCCGAUUAUGUCUGGAGGCGAGUUAUUCGGGUCAUACAAACUUCGCGAAGUGCGGAUCGUGUGGGGCAGGAAAAACACCCUGUCUUCCCGACACAUUCUCGCUGGCGAAAGGUUUCCUUUGGAAAUGCACAUGAUUCAUCAGAAAGUUCCCCUCAACAAGUAUUCCAUCAGGGAUAUCCAUCAGCCGAUGACGGACCUGGCAGUGAUCGCAGUUCUUUUCGAGGAAUCACCCAAAACAUCCGCGACUUUUUCGAAUUUAGUCAGCAUAAUUCUCGGUGGAAAGAACGAAUCAGGCGGGAUGCAAGUGACCCUCGGAAAAAUGUUUCCGCAAGACGUCGACGUGUUCUUCAGAUAUGAAGAACUUAUGAUGGAUCCGUCCUGCCAAGCCCAUGUGUCGUGGACUGUUUUCCCGACACCUGCACGACUUCCAGUCAAAGAGACCUUAUACAAGCCAGGAGAUGGAACAGAGUCGAGCAAAUCCAUCGUGGACAAAGAAUAUGUGCUGAAUGUCGACGUUAGACUCAUGUCGCCGCGACAAAGCGCCGAGAUGAUCCCGGGAUUAAUGGCGCCACCGGAUUUGCAUCAUAGACCCGCAUAUGCCUUAAUCCCACCACCGCAACACGACCCUUAUUCGGAUGCCCUGGAUCAUCGCGGGAUUAACGUGUACCACGUGUACCAGGAAUCCCUUCAUCACGGUGACGACCAGGAAAGUCCCCUGGAAGCUGUGAAAAUCUCACCAAAGGGCGAGCCUGGUAAGUGA